AUGGAGCUCUCCAUGGUGCCUCUAAGCACCAUGGAGAGCUCCUCAUCAGAGCGUUCUGACCAGCUGUCUCACUGUGUGGUGUGGAGACCGCAGCGGCUCAGACUGGAAGAAAUGACUCCCAUAAGUGACGCCUGGCCCCAGAUAGAGCAGCCAGUUAGGAGGAAGGGAGAAAUGGAGCCAAAGUCAGCUUCACUGUGGAAACUUCUCCAGUUUCUCUCUGCUGUCUUCCUCUCAGUCUGUGAGGAAGCUCCUUUCCUCCAAGAUCCGAUCAACAUCACAGCAGAACCAGGACAGAACGUCACUCUGCCCUGUAGAGGUUCUGACCACAGAACCAUCAUAGUGGUGGAGUGGAGCAGAACUGAUCUGGGCUCAGAAUAUGUCCUUCGCUACAGAGACCAGCAGUUGGACCCAGACUACCAGAAUCCAUCUUUCAGGAACCGAGUGGACCUGCUGGACCCACAGAUGAAGGCUGGAGACGUGUCUGUGGUUCUGAAGAACCUGACGACUGAUGACAGAGGAACAUAUGAGUGUCGGGUCGUUCAGAGAGGAACCAGACGCAGGAAAAGAGGUUCUUUAAAGACCCGACCCGUCAGCAGCGUGGUUCUGGAUGUGGUUCCAUCAGGAAGUGAAGAUGGAAGCAGAGAGGAUGGAUCUGUUGGACUGCUGGUCGGUCUGCUGUAG